AUGAUUGGGGAAAUUCUUCACACUGUACCUCUCGUUGGAAAGCAGGCAACAAAAGAUGAAGUUUUGAGACGUAUCUCCUCUGUUGCUUUGGUCCAUAUUGCUGCUCACGGUGAAAUGGAAACAGGAGAAAUUGCCUUGGCUCCUAAAACAACAAGUUCAUCCGUAAAUCCAGCUAGGAAGGAGGACUAUCUCUUAACUAUGAAAGAUGUUUUAAAGGCGCAGAUUAGGGCAAGACUUGUUGUACUUAGUUGUUGUCAUAGUGGUCGGGGAGAAAUCAAAUCUGAGGGUGUGGUCGGCAUCGCACGGGCUUUUUUGGGUGCUGGUGCUCGUGCUGUUCUGGUGUCCCUGUGGGCGAUCGACGACGAAGCUACUAUGGAGUUCAUGAAAGUUUUCUACCAAGAACUAGUCCAUGGACGAAGUGCCAGUGAGGCCCUGAAUAAAGCCAUGAAAUCCAUGAGAGAAUCUGACGACUUUAGCGCAGUGAGGUACUGGGCGCCUUUUGUUCUCAUUGGUGAUGACGUAACGCUCGAGUUUGAAGGCAUCAAUUAA